CACCGCGGCGCCCCUCUCGACUCCGACCUUUCGCCUUGCCCGCUACACCGCGAGGCUCGUUCGGUCGGACCCGGAGCUGGGGAGGGGGAGCGUCCCACUGCUGGGAUCCCAGGGAUGAAGGGAGUGGAGAUGAGGCCGAUGAUGUCAUGGAUGCUUCGCAGGGCCUGGGGGAAGGUGGCGGCCGGAGGGGGUGCGGCCCGGAUUAUGUCACCUCUUCCCUCUGCGCCCCGCCCCCCCGGGCCACCCGCGUUGGUGAGGAGCUCCAGGAGGUGCAGGAGGGAUUUCUCCCACCGCAGAGAUCCCCCCGGACACCUCCUCGGGAUGGCCUGUGACUGGGGUCUCUAUCUUUUGGCGCUGCGGGCCGUGGGGGCGAACACCCGCCCCCUGCCACCACCCCCCACUCCCGUGUGGGAGGCUCGUGCGCGCGCGCGUGUGUGAUCGGGGUGUGUGUGUGGGGGGCGCUGUCAGCCCCCUCAGUCCUGAAACACGGGAUUUAUCGGAGCCAGGAUCUAGGGGAUCGGCCCCUUCCCCCUUUGUCGCCAAGAGAAGAUGAAUCUCCCCUCACACAUCCCAACCAAGAAGUUCUGGAGACCUCUGCACCCCCUCCCCCAAAGCCCCAUAGUGCCCCUGAUACCUUUUCUCCCUCAGUCCUUCUUCCUGGAAGCCCAUCCUGAUUUUCCUAUCGGGAUUCAUUGCCUCUUUGCAUUGCUUGUAACUAGCAUUCUCCCACAUGCAUUCUCUCUGCAUCUCCUCCGAAUCAGGGCACAGAGACCCCAAGAUUCUGUGGCUUGUUCCCCUCCUGGGGGCACCCACAGGCCAGCCCCAGAAUGAAAUUUCCCUGGAGUGGCCUGAACCAAGUGCUCCAAGAGCCCUCCCCCUGGGUAGAUCAGGGAUGCUGUCCUGGGAGGCAGUAUUUGGGUUGAUUCUUAAAGGGUGCAGAAUGGGUACAGAGAGCUGCGAAGAGAUUUUGUGUAGUGUGGAGAGGGACUCAAGUCAAGGGAAAUAGGAUGAGCAGCAGGAGAGUCCUUGGGGGCCCUGCUGCAAGCUGUGGUUUUGAGGGCUGAGAGGAAUGCCAGGCAUCUACCCAUAAUACAUUCAAUUCUUAAGAUUCCUGUAAGGUAGGUGUGAGAACUCAAAGUGGAAUAACCUGCAUGCAAUUCCACCCCUAAUCAGUUGAACUGGGAUUUCCACUUGGAGCUGAUACCUCUAUAAGUGUCUAUAUUGCACCUGCUGCAAAAGAAUUUGGGCAAAGCAUGGACAAGAUCGGCCUUGUCCUUUAGAAACAGUCUCUUAGUAGCUGCACAGGGGAGGGAGUGCAGAACAAGAGAGGGCAGUGAGAAGCCCGCAGCAAGGAUGCUGGCAGGAGGGGCUGCUAAGAUCUUUAGGGGGUGAAUGGGCUGAGCUUGUGGCUCUGAGACCCCAGGGGAAGGGUAUAGUGUUACUAGCUUUAGGAGGGACACACAUGUGGAGGGGCUGGUUGGUCACUAUAGGAUGGAAGGACCUGCCCAUCUAACUCCCAGGUAUAGUCUAUUUGCCCCCUUCGUGACCACUAAUACUGUGUGUAAUGUCCCAGGCAGUGAGGGUGGAUAGGACAGAAAUAGAGGCAGACUCAGGCAAUAGGCUGUCAUCCCAGGUUGUUGAGCUAAUGCCAUGAGGUUGUCUGCAGACCAUACUCAGCUACCUGGGCUAGUUCAGGACCUUGACCCACAAAUGAAGCUCAAACCCUUCCUCUGGACUCAGUUUCUGCCUAUCAGGGAGAUACAUGCCCUUCCUUGUCUUGCCAGUCCCUGCUGGAGAUUUGUAGAAAGAAGUUGCAGCAGUCUGAGCUUGGGGGAGGCAAGGGGCAGAGAACACUUGCAUAGGGUUGAUGGUAAUAGGUUAGAAUUAUAAUAAGAAGCUCUUCAAGGAGUGAGGCUCCAAGGAGAGUUGCAGUGGGUUGGUAGUCAAUGAUUCCCAGAGAAAGACCACAAGGAUAGGAGGCUCAGGAAACAGUUUUGGGACCUCAUUUCCAUCCAUCCAGGACUCUGGGCACCCAGGCCUUCAGGUGACCACACACAAUCCAGGGAAACCAUAGGGCAGGGUGGCAUAUGAUCAGCCCCAAUCUAUGGUCAGAGUCUCCUUUCCUGGAUCUCAGGGAAGGUAGUAUUUGUACUGCACCUUACAGUUUGCAAAGCACCUUCCUAAACAUUAUCCUCUCACUUUCAUGACCUGAGGUUUGCUCCGGCCCACACCCAGGCUUCUGGUGGAACCCCCUUGCCUAGUUUUCUCAUCUCACUGUCGACACCCUCUUUUAGCAUAUAACCACACUCAGGUUUCUACCAUGUUAAAUUCUAAAAUUAGAAAAGAGCCCUUGGAUUCCAAACCACCUUAAAUUACUGCCUUCUCAAAAGAGAAGGGAACUCUUUCCCUCCAGACCCCCACCUCCCCCCACUUCUGUAGUCUGGCUCUGCUUUGCACCACUUUCCCAAAAUCAUUCUCUCAUUGGCACUAGUGAUGUUUCCACCUGCCAAAUUCAGGGCACCCUCUCCAAUCCCAGUUUUAUGAAUAAGCCCCUUUGUUAACUCCAGGAGUGCCCCUACCUUCUUGAAGCAUACUCCAUCUUGGUCUUCAGGGCCUGCCUUCUCCUGGUCUUCUUCCUGCUCUCACUUCUCCACCCAGGCUUUGGGGGCUCUGCCACUGGAGCUCCAUGCUGGAGCCCACCCACAUCACGCUUGAACGCUCAUGACCUAAGUCUCUCUUUGUAUCUGAUACCUGAGAGAUAUCUUUCUCUGGUCUUCCUCAAAGCACCCAUUUCCCCACACAUUCUCCUGUCACAUUAAGGGUAUCAUACCCAUCCUGGUGUCCCAGUCCAGACGCCUCCCUUGCCCCACCCCUGGACCCCAUCUGUAUGAUGUUUUGUCAGUUCUUCGUCCCUGACCAGAUGUUCCCACUGUUUCUAAGCCUCAGAACACCCAGCCUUCACCCUUUUGACUCCCCAGCUGCUUCCUACACUGCAUCCAGAGAUGGCAAGAGAAGGGAGUCAUGUUUAGGAUGGGAGGGGGAUAUUCUAUCUCCAUAUUUCUGUUCAUUAUCGGUGAGCACAGCAUCAAGAUUUCGGCAGCAGCACCUAGGGCACCAGAUGAAAGUAAGCACUCACUUUCACCUGCACUUGCACUUUGAUUGGACCCUCUCUUGCUCAGCCUUGUGGGAUGUGUGGAACAGAUUAGCUUAAGGAAAGAAGGUGGUCAAUGCCUGUUCUCCACACCUGGGGUGGGGGCGGGGAGAUGCUGGUAGAAUGGAAUUUUACAAAAGUGGUGAGGACUGGUUUGUGGGAGUUUUCCAACCACCUCGGGCUGUAAUUCUAGGUGUGGCUAGAAGACACCUGAAAGGCAAGAGUUUUUGUUUGGUUCCCCUGGUCUAGGACCCGAUAUCCUCAACACAGCAUUAGAAGUGGGCAUCUGGGUAGAAGACAGUUUGAAACAGCACUCAAGGGGCCCAGGACUGCCACCUGUACCCCUUCAUCUUAGCAGACAAGGAAGACAGGGUUUAAAGGCCUGAAGGGCGCCCCCUGCCAUUUUUGGCACUUGUAUUUGAGCGUCUGCUCGCGGCCGGCACUGCCUACAGCCCCUGCCCGGUUGAAUAUGAGGAUCUCUGGGGCAGGUGUUCCUUUGGUGCGGACUUGAGACAAAGGAACCAGGAAGCAGGGCCUUCCAGAGCACAGGUAACCCGAGGCCCCUCUCCCCACUGCUUCGGUGGGCCAGCCUUGGGGGGAGGGGGACGCACGCCCACAGAAGGGCUCCGAGGAAUUCUCGGUGAACUGAGCAGGGUCAAGGUCCACAAGGAGCGGGGGAGGGGAGUAAUCCAGGAAGUCUUCACGAAGGCAGUGAAUUCUUGGAGGGGUUCUGCAGGCGCGGAAUCCUGGGCGCCGCUGGGCGCCGAGGCUCCGCCCCUGCCCCCGCCCACCUGUGGGAACCGCAGGCCGGGAGGGAGGCAUGGCAGGCGUCCUCCGCAGCCAGCGCUGCGUCCUCUGCCCCGGCUUCAACCAGCUCCGGGGCCUCUGCCGAGAGGAGAAAACUGCAGUCCGGGAUGGCUCAGUCGGCCGGUCCAAAGUCGCGUAGCUGGUUCGUGCCGAGCUGCGAGAGUGAGGCACAUGGCCCCUGCAGACCGGGCCUCGGAGGGUCCCAGGCUUGAGGCCCCAUCGGCCCCCCACCCCCUUGGAGAGGCAAGGAGAGGAUCCUGCGCCGGUAGUGAGCCUCCACUUCUGUCCUUGACUGCAACACCCUAGUGCCCCCCUGGCUUAGUCAUGGCGAAGCUGGAGACACUGCCUGUGCGUGCUGACCCAGGGCGAGAUCCCCUCCUGGCCUUCGCCCCUCGGCCCUCUGAGCUCGGACCCCCAGACCCUCGCCUGGCCAUGGGCAGUGUGGGCAGUGGAGUGGCCCACACCCAGGAGUUUGCCAUGAAAAGUGUGGGCACCCGCACGGGGGGUGGGGGCAGCCAGGGCAGUUUCCCUGGUCCCCGUGGCAGUGGGGUCAGCAGGGAGAGGCCAGGCCGCUACCCCUCAGAGGACAAGGCUCUCGCCAAUUCACUCUACCUCAAUGGCGAGCUACGGGGCAGCGACCACACGGACGUCUGUGGCAACGUGGUGGGCAGCAGCGGCGGCAGCAGCAGCAGUGGCGGCAGUGAUAAGGCCCCCCCACAGUAUCGUGAGCCCAGCCACCCGCCCAAGCUCCUGGCCACCUCUGGCAAGCUAGACCAGUGCUCAGAGCCGCUAGUUCGGCCUUCGGCCUUCAAGCCUGUUGUACCCAAGAACUUCCACUCCAUGCAGAACUUGUGCCCCCCACAGACCAACGGGACCCCUGAGGGACGACAGGGCCCUGGUGGCCUCAAGGGUGGACUGGACAAGUCUCGGACCAUGACCCCAGCGGGCGGGGGUGGGAGCGGCCUCUCAGACUCAGGCCGGAACUCACUCACAAGCCUGCCCACCUACAGUUCCAGCUAUAGCCAGCACCUGGCGCCCCUCAGUGCCUCCACCAGCCACAUCAACCGCAUUGGCACUGCCAGCUAUGGUAGUGGCAGUGGUGGUGGCAGCAGUGGUGGGUCGGGCUACCAGGACCUGGCAACGUCUGACAGUGGGCGGGCCUCCAGCAAGAGUGGGUCAUCUUCAUCCAUGGGGCGACCAGGUCACCUGGGAUCCGGGGAGGGUGGAGGAGGAGGCCUGCCAUUUGCGGCCUGCUCACCACCUUCGCCCAGUGCUCUGAUCCAGGAGCUAGAGGAGCGGCUGUGGGAGAAGGAGCAGGAGGUGGCAGCUCUGCGGCGUAGCCUGGAGCAGAGUGAGGCGGCAGUGGCCCAGGUGCUGGAGGAGCGGCAGAAGGCCUGGGAGCGUGAGCUGGCUGAGCUGCGGCAGGGCUGCAGUGGCAAGCUGCAGCAGGUGGCCCGGCGUGCCCAGCGCGCCCAGCAAGGCCUGCAGCUACAGGUGCUGCGGCUGCAGCAGGACAAGAAGCAGCUACAGGAGGAGGCAGCCCGGCUGAUGCGGCAGCGGGAAGAGCUUGAGGACAAGGUUGCCGCCUGCCAGAAGGAACAGGCCGACUUCCUGCCCCGGAUGGAGGAAACUAAGUGGGAGGUAUGCCAGAAGGCUGGGGAGAUUUCCCUUCUGAAGCAGCAGCUGAAGGACUCGCAGGCGGACGUGUCCCAGAAGCUGAAUGAGAUUGUUGGGCUGCGCUCACAGCUGCGGGAGGGCCGGGCCUCCCUGCGGGAGAAGGAGGAGCAGCUGCUCAGCCUGAGGGACUCCUUCAGCAGCAAACAGGCCAGCCUGGAGCUGGGUGAGGGAGAGCUGCCCUCUGCCUGCCUCAAGCCGGCGCUGACCCCAGUGGACCCGGCUGAGCCACAGGAUGCACUGGCCACCUGCGAGAGCGAUGAGGCUAAGAUGCGCCGUCAGGCUGGGGUGGCUGCUGCCGCCUCCUUGGUUUCCUUGGAUGGGGAGGUGGAUGCUGGUGGGGAGAGUGGGACGCGGGCCCUGAGGCGGGAGGUGGGGCGGCUACAGGCUGAGCUGGCAGCUGAGCGGCGAGCCCGGGAGCGCCAGGGUGCCAGCUUUGCAGAGGAGCGCCGAGUGUGGCUGGAGGAGAAGGAGAAGGUCAUCGAGUACCAGAAGCAGCUGCAGCUGAGUUAUGUGGAGAUGUACCAGCGCAACCAGCAGCUAGAGCGGCGGCUGCGAGAGCGAGGGGCUGCGGGAGGUGCCAGCACACCUACACCCCAACACGGGGAGGAGAAGAAAGCCUGGACCCCCUCCCGCCUUGAGCGCAUCGAGUCCACAGAAAUAUAAGCCCCUACCUGGGCAUGUGGCCUUUUGACAAGUACCCAGUCAAAGGCCAGAGUCCCCAGUAUCCUCUUCCCUGCCAUCUCUUUUCCCCAUUUCCCCUGAAUCCCCAGACCAAAGAGGUUCUCAAAGCAGCUGUGACCAGGCCCCUCCCCUCCCCUCACUGGGUGCCUCCCAGCUCUACCACUGCCCCACUAGGCAGCCCCACUCAACCCACCUCCCAAGGAGGAAAUAGGGGGAGGGCAGAGUGAAUGGGGCUGAGGGCCCAGGCUGCAGGGGAGCUCGGGCUCCUUUUCUUGGCAUUCCCUUGUUGCAGAGGUGGUAGGCCUUGCAGAGCCAUGAGGUGCCCAGCCCCUUGGUGGGUCUGGGCUGCUACUGUCGGCCACCCUGUGUCCAGAGAUGCUCUCUGUACCAAUCUCCUAGGCCAUGUAGCCUGAGGGGGACUGUGUGGGGUCUGCCAAAGCUGACACUCUGGGCUCCUGGCCUCCCUCUUUCCUGCACUCUUCUCCCUCCCUGGGCAGAUUGGCAGGACAAGUGGGAGCAGAUGGCCUGCCUGCAGUUGAGAGGGCUACCUGCCUAGCCCCUCCCUGCCAAGGUCUCUACAGCCUGGGCUAGUCCUGAGUGUGUGUCUGUAUGUGUAUGUUGGAGGAGGUAAGGGCUGAGGCUGAAGGCUCGGUACCCAGGGAACUUCUGCUGUCCUGUUCAUGGAAAGGGUCACCUGGAGGCUUCUUAGCUCUACCCUCACCCCUCUGACCAGGAUCCUGUAGGACAACAGCCCCAUUUGCUUAGCUGACCCCACACCUAGGGCCACUAUCCAGCUCUAACUACAGUUAUUAAGUGCCAUCUGCCUCUCAGGCACUCCCCUCAUCGAAUUUCUGAGGUCCUAUGAGUGUCUGUGAUGUCUUCCUAUGUCUUCCCACUUGAUUCCCUCAGCCACCUUCUGCUUUCGUGCUCAGCCUACUGCUUUCAUGCUCAGAACAUCAUUGUCCUAGGCCACCUCUUCCCCUAAACCUCACCUUUUCUUCCAGUAGAAAACUCUGCUUGAUCUUUGGUGCACUGCCCACUUCCUAGCUCCUUUGGGCCCAAGCCUGAGCCCAAGGCCCUUGUUUUGGGGGGUGGGGGGGGGUAACUAUGAUUGCUCUUGAAGAGCAAGGCUGAACUGAGAGAAUCACUGACCCCUGGGUCCAAGAGGCCUGAGGUAGCCCAGUGUUUGCCCAGGGUAGUCCUGGCAUGGCCAUUAGUGGGGGUUGGGGCAGCCAGUCACUUCCUCCUCUGGGGGCCCUCUUAGAGUCCAUCUCCCAAAAUAAGAAGGGAAAGGCAAAUUUCUAACACACCAGCAAUAAAAAUCGGAGGAGGUUUGGCCCUCGGCCCUUGUAUUUUUAUUUUAACUCUCUCCUUCCCACCCCCAAGACUGGGUUUGUGGGGCAGGCUGGAGGGAGCUGGCAACUACUGUGAGCAAUCCCCCGACCCCUGACCAGCCUCCUCUCAUGACUGGUGACUGUUUAACGAGCUGUGCACCCCACACACAAACAGGAGUGCCCUUGUGGCCUCUGUUCUGCACAGCCCCUUCUGGUGCCCCUUACCAGUUCUCUGAGCUGGGUGGGGGGCUGUCCUGGCAAUCACUGCCUAUUCCACUCACCCUUCAUUGCACCGGCCCCAGAACCUGGGCCUGGGCCAGAGGGGCAGGAGGAAGAGGAGGCAUUAGUAUGAAAAAAAAAUUUAAAUGUAGAAAAAAAUAUGAACAGACUCAGCUUUGGGAUUUCCAACCACAAAAGAAAUUAUAUAUAAAUAUAUAUAAAUAUAUAUCUCUACCAUAUGUGA